AUGUCGCAACUCGCCGAGGACGAGACAUCGGAUCGAAAAACAUCUAAUCGCCAAGAUGAUUCUAUUCAAAUGAUAGAAGCCAGGAGAGAGGGUACAGACGCCGAGAUGAAGGUGCCUUUGCCCCAGACCGACUCUCAUAACGGCGGCUUCGCGGACGAGGGUAGCAGCAUUGAUGCAAUCUGUUGGGGCUGGCUUUACCCUCAAGAUCGAUCGAGGUGGUCCGAUAUCCCUUUGGAAGACCGGACUGGAAGCGCAUCUGCUUUCAAGCAUCAGGGGUAUAUUCUCGGUCGCGAUUCCGAAUGCGACUUGGUCGUUGAUGACCCUCACGUCUCCAAUCGCCACUGCUUGAUAUACAGGGUAGUGCGAGACGGCGAAGUCUGCGCAUUCUUGCGAGACUUAUCCUCCAAUGGAACAUUUGUCAACGAGGCUGUGGUUGGAUGCAACCAAGUCGUAGAGCUCAAGAAUGGAGACGAGAUUACAAUCACUGAAAGUGCUCGGUUCAUGUUCCGUUCGUCUGAUCCCAUCCACCGCACGUUCAUUCAACAAUAUACCCUCCUGGAAUCACUGGGCAAGGGACACAUUGGAAAGGUCUUUGAGUGUCAAGAGAAAUCAACAGGAGAGCGGUUUGCUGUGAAGAAAUACAGCUUGUCAGGAGUUCCGAAGUCUGAACGAUACAAGAACGAGAGCAUAGCUGCAGAGCGGAAUUUGAUGGGUCUCUGCCACAGAAACAUCAUAUUCAUGAAAGAGGCAUUUGAAGAUGACAUCUCGAGCUCCCACGUCAUACAGCUUGCAAAUAAGGGUGAAUUGUUCAAUCAUAUCGUGAAAAAGUCGAAGCUUUCCGAGGACGAGACUCGACAUAUAUUCAGACAGCUUUUCAGUGCUGUCAAGUACAUGCACGAUCGCAACAUUGUACACCGUGACUUGAAGCCAGAGAAUAUAUUGGUCGUUGAUGAAGACAAUAGCAUCGUGCUAUGUUCAUUUGAUCUGUCUAUCACCAUCACAGCGGAAAGCUUCGAUACUACUCUUUGUGGAACUCCCAGCUAUGUUGCUCCUGAGAUUUUGGAACAGAGCCAACACCGCAAGUACGGCAGAGAGGUAGACAUCUGGUCUCUCGGCGUCGUUCUCUACAUAUGUCUCUGCGGGUUCCCCCCUUUCUCGGAUGAGCUAUAUUCGAAAGAGUCCCCCUAUACACUGAGCCAACAAAUCAAAUUAGGAAGAUUCGAUUAUCCGUCACCUUACUGGGAUAGUGUCGGUGACCCUGCCUUGCAUUUGAUCGAUAACAUGCUUGUCGUGGACCCGGAGAGGAGAAUCACCAUCGAGCAGUGUCUCGCUCAUCCCUGGCUCACGCAAAUGACCUCUGUGGAAGAGGCGGCUCCCAAGACACCUCAAGUUUUGCGUCGUAAAAGAACAUUGCUUCGAGUCAAUCAUUGGGGUCCUUCAUCGCCAACGGUCGUUUCGUUGCAAGAGUCACAGGGGCCCAAACCAGGACCCUCAUCGCCAGGCCCAGUAAUGAUCACACCCAGGACCAAGGGCAAGGACCAAAUCUCAAGCUCUUUCGUCGAAGACUCUGAGAAGCAAAAGGAAGGCCAGCCCACGCAUAGGAGUACAUAUGACGAACCUCGACGUCGAAAUCCAGAGACGACAGAGGAUAUUGGAAACGACCUGAAAAAUUUGAUUUUGGAUAAGAAAGUCUCGAAGACAUCGUCAUCCAAGGCCAUACUCUCUGAGGCGCUGCAAAAGGCUAACACUGCCGUCCAACUUGACAAUGUGAAGAAAUUCCAGGCUGCGCAAGCAGCCUAUCGGCAAGCAAGCGAUUUGCUACAUCAGGUCUUGCUUCGUACAGCGGGAGCCGAUGAUAGGAAAAGGUUGGAGGCUAUUCGCAAUACAUAUACCAGUCGUAUCGAAGAACUUAAUCAAAUACCUCCCGAAGAGGAGAGAGAUAGCAAGAUGCACCCUCAAUCGCCGACAAGCAAGAGCAUACGCUCGACUUAUCGGGUCACCGAGCACACAAAGAGUCGGGUGCCACUGACAGAAGUUGAAAGGACACUUCAAAAUAGCCCAGGCCCGUCAAUUAUUUGGUCAGAUGUAAGCGAACGCGCUGAGUCUGAGAUCGAGGCAACUGUGAACACACUAGAUCGUACUGAUCACACCAUAUCUCUGAAAUACGAUCAGUUCGUCGAGUUAGUCAAUAGUGCCACAAGCAAUACCCCACACCCCUGGACAUCUUCUAUUCAACUCCCUGAGGAUUUGCGGAAUGACCUAGAGUUCAACGACAAGGGCCAGGAUUUCAGUUCUUGGACAUGUACGCCGUCCGCCCACAUUGCUUCAGAUGAGAUUCCCCUUCGUAUAGACGGCCAUUCUGUGGUGUUACCUGUCGAGUACAAGUAUCCUCUGACGGGAAUGUUCUCUCCGCCUCCCGACCCGCACCCUCUCUUCAUUUCGCCAUUUUCUCAGUUGUCGGACGAGGAUAUCCACCAUGUAUUUUCCACAUUUCCAGCUUGUGUUGGAUUUUACCUCCUUGUCAAUGGGUUUCUCCAGGUCCUGAUGCCGGACGAUUUCGACUAUGAGGAGGGCGUCCCGAGCUUCCCAAGUGAGUUCGGCGGGUUGAAGGUGUCUCUAAUUCCCGAGUCGGCGUGUCCGACAGCUGGAGAGGCUUCAGCUUCUACUCCGACCACCACAACAACAUCGACGAGGACACGCUUCGAGCGCAUGUUUGGUCAGAGCUCCGCACAGAGCACCUCCGCGCAAACAACUGGCUCUUCAAGUGAUUUAUCCACCAAUACAGCAGGUAUCACGGUGGGCUGUGCUGUUCGGGCCAUUGUGCCCGGAAGUAAAUCGAAACAGAGAUUUGAAGGGAAGACUGGCGUCGCGAUCUCUCCCAGGGACGACAACUUGAAGAAAUAUAUCACCAUCCCCACCCAUCUCAUGACAGAUGCAAUAAUAGCCUCCAAAACAAGGAGUUUGAAUUCAGACACUUGGAAGAAGGACGUUAAAAUAUGCAUUGCCAGCAACUCAGCCGAGCUGGGAGAGGUGACUGACAUAUAUGACCAUGACCCGAAAUCCUUUCCGGUCGGAUUUUCGCAUGAUGUGAGCCUCGUUGAUAUCAGUGGCGUUCCUGACAGCCCGCGAACGACUCCGUACGCUACCGACCUGAGGUGGCUCAAUCAGCAGGAAUGGAUGGACAUCAAGUACAAUUCGAGUGGUCUUGUGCUGUUGGACGACCGAUCCCGAGAAGCGAAAAGUAUUGGGGUUGUUGAUAGUCGUUGCCAGGGUCUCAAGCUAACAGAUGGGGCAUCUCAGAUGGUAGGACAGGGCAUUUUUCGAAUCCAGCAGCAGUCCCGGAAGCGUUCUUCAUUCCUGGGCUCGCUCUCCUCCAGCUCCAGCUCGUCUCGUACACCGGAUCCACAUGAUGAUCCCAGCACUUGGACAAGCCUCGUAGCGAGGUCGAUACUGUAUCGCGUCCAUCCCGACUACCCGACGAGAGGCGGCCAGAGUGGAGUUCCGGUAUGCGUCGUGAGUGAAGAUCCCGGCGAUACUGGUUCUCACAGUGUCAAAGUGGCGGGAUUCGCCUCUUUUGUGCAGAUGGUAUCAGACGUUCAGAAAUACGAUCUCGAGGGCGAUAAGCUGUAUAAGCGGCUGCAGGAAGGAAGAGUGGCGUUCUACGGAGCAUUCCAGGUUCCUCGAGAGUUGCGAGACGGGUAUCAAAUACUCUAG